CGGCCCGACAGCUGCGCUUGCGAAGACGAGCGUCACGGUUUGUCGAGCAUACUACGGGGAGGACCGGUGGUGUGGUGCGCGUGUUUGUGUCCACGAGUGGCGGACGUCGCCGAGCGCUGCAAGCCGCCGGGAUUUUAUUUUUGUUUCGGCCCCCCUCCAUCAUACACCGACGUUGUCAAAAGCCUCUGGAGCAGCCGCAUACCCGGCGGACGACGGUGGGACCGUGAGAGAAGAUGGCUCGCAGCCGCCACCGCCGCCACCAGUGCCGAUAAGGAAUCUGGAGCACACACACGCCGCCGCUGGAGGCCCUGGGGGAACGCUCCGCGCACUGCCAGCGAGCGGCUGUCCACCGCCAGGCAACGCCGCGGCGGGAAAUCUAAGCCGCGGCGGUGGUGUUAACCCGGCCACGGUUGUUGACAGUGCGGCCGCGCCAGUGACCAGCGCGUCCGGCUUCUGUUCGACAAACCAGGUAUCGACUUGCUGUGUCCGCGAUAUAGUGCAGUAUUCUCCGCUUGGGAAGCGGGACGUGUUUUGUGCCUGGUGUGCGGUGUGAUUGCGCGAGUGUGUACGAUGUCGGCGGUGCCCCAGCAGCGUGACGUCGCCAUGUUCGGACUGGGUCUCAGGGACUACGGCUCCAGCUGGACGCGGCUCCAGGAAGCUCUGCGGGUGCAGCAGCAGAUGUACGGACCCGUGAGGCAGGAGGAGCUGCCGCAGCCGAGUCCACCUGCACGAUCGGAUGACGGCAGUGAAGAGAAGACUUCGUCCAAGGGCAAGUCCAGGGCCGGACUGAUCGGGCUCAUCACCAGGAAGAAAGAUGGCAAGAAAAAAGACAAGAGAUCGUCCAAGUCCCCGGAAAGGAAAGCUAAGGAACAUUUGUCCGAAGACGACGCUUCGACAAAGCCUGAAUCUCUGAUGGAAGCCUCGUCUCUUAAGAGGCCCGCGCGUAAGGAAACGCCUAACUUGUUUGUUCGGACACAGUCAUCUGAGAAAGAAGCGGAUGUUCCUGACGCGCCUAGGGAGAAGUCCCAAAGCCCGAAGUCCUUCUCGCGCAUGUCCGAAAACUUUGACUCCGACGAGAGGCUGUCGACGGAGGACUUUCGUAACAAUGGUGACGCGGGUAGUCCCGGCGAUGAGUUUCUGGUCAACGGCAAAAGACGACAGGACUCACCGUCCGAAAGAGAGUCCUGGGAACCCAAGAUCGCUGCCGACGAUGACCCCAGCCUGCGAAAGAGCGCACGAGCGCCUGCAAAAAUUCCCAGGGGACAUAGGCGGAACAGUCCCGAUCGCGAGAGAGACGAGGUCGUCUACAGAAGGCCCCGUCAGCAGUCCUUCAGAGAAGAUUUUUACGGCGAGGAUGGGCACGACGAAAAUUUUAACCACCGAGAGCCCCAGCGUCGCCCGAAUGAUCCCGUACACAGACAGCGAUCAUCGAGGCAACAAUACACCUUGAGUGACCCUCCUUACCAAAUCGACAACGGUGAGCCUCUCGCGGAGCAGUCAUUGAACAGGUCUGCCGACGAACCGGAGCCUAUUCGCCCGUCGAGAGAAGCUGACCGUGUGAUCUAUAGACGCGAAGUGGUUGAGCAGUCCAGAGGACAGUCUCAUACAAAACCUGCUGUCGAUAUGGAGCCACAUCGUUCGUCUAGAGAGGCCGAUAGACCCAGCUACCGACGGGAAGAAGGCGAACCUCGGAGAGGCCACUCCUUGACGAGGCCAACGUCCGACGUCGAACCCCGUCGUCCGUCUAGAGAGGCUGAACGGACGAGACACUCCAUGACGAGGCCCAAUUCGGACGUUGAGCCGCAUCUUCCGUCUAGAGAGGCCGAACGGGCGAGACACUCCAUGACGAGGCCCAAUUCGGACGUUGAGCCGCAUCUUCCGUCUAGAGAGGCCGAACGGGUGAGACACUCGAUGACGAGACCCAAUUCGGACGUUGAGCCGCAUCUUCCGUCUAGAGAGGCCGAACGAGCGAGACACUCCAUGACGAGGCCCAAUUCGGACGUUGAGCCGCAUCUUCCGUCUAGAGAGGCCGAACGGACCAGUUACCGUCGCGAUGACAGAGACGUUGCGAGAGGACAUUCGUUAACGCGGAACGAAACCGAGCCUCAAAGACCAUCUAGGGAGGCCGAUAAAGCUGGCUACCACCGUGAGGACACAGAAACGCGCUUGGGUCGCUCGGUCACGAGGCAGGGCGGGGUCGGCGACUCCGAACCACAUCGUCCGUCGAGGGAAGCCGACCGCACUAGUCACCGCCGAGAACAGCACGGGCCACCUCCGAGGGGUCCUUCGCUAACGAGGCCCACUUUCGAGACCGAGCCACACCGCCCGCCGCGAGAGGUCGACCGCGUCGAUCCCACGCACCGUAGGGAGCUGUCGCCGUACAGGCAGGAGGCGGACGACUUCAACGACCGCCGGUCGAGGCUGCAAGAGUACGCGGAAGCGCGCACCAGGCGAGACGAAUCGCAGGCUCGACUUCGCGAUUACAGUCCGAUGGAGAGGCGCCCCAACGGCCGCCUCGACUCGACGGCUUACAAAAACCGGCAGCAGACCGACAGGGAGCAGCGCGUGUCAAACAGGGCUGACAGGCAGUCGCACAUGUUCAAAGAGGACGCCCUCGAAAGGAACAAGGACCACGACGAGUGGAGCGACAGGGACGGCCGCCAACAGCAGCAGUCGCUGCAGCAGCUUCAACGCAGGGACGGCCGCGCUGACCCGGAGCCCAGAAGCCCUCUUCAUCACCAGCAGCAGCAACAGCAACAGGUGCAGGCCACCGACAACGGCGUGCGGCCGCUGGGCUGCACCCGUUGUGGCGACCGCGUCUAUCCCAAGGAGAUGGUGACGCCCAAGCCGGGCGUGCUCCUGCACAGCGGCUGCUUCAAGUGCCGCGAGUGCAACGUCAAGCUGACGCUGCAGACCUUCUUCACAAACCAGCGGGACACACGCGACGCCGACGUCUACUGUCGUACCCACGUACCGCGCCUCGGCCCCGGAACCGUGGACGGCAACGCUCUCAAUAUCCUCACCAGCAAGAACAGCCGGGAGAUCAAGUUCAGCCGGUACCCGAAGGCGAGCGACACGGAGCUGUCUUCGCAAGAUGACGGCUGACGCAGCAAGUGGCUACUCUCCUAGCGGUGGCCAAUACGCUUGCAGAGCUCACCUCGAUGAAGGCUUCCAGCACCUCAUCGUAUCCGGAAGAAGAAAAAAAAGAAACUCGUGCUCAUCCCUCGCCUCACGCGAUACGGAACGCUCCGCUGUGUUGCCCAUGCUGAAACUUGUGUACAUAUUCGCGAGAAUCGUGCAUUGCGCGCAGCCGCACACGGCCGGGAAUAAGUGUCGUCCGCAAGCUCCAGGAGCCUCGGUCACGUGAUGCAGUGGACUACGUUUUGCAGGCGAGGAACUGCCGACGACAGAUACUGUUGACAGUGCUACACUAUACCGGUUUGGGUCAUGGCUCAUCCUUGCGCUGAGCUACUCAAAUACUGGCAACCCCUGUUGCUAAUGCAUUAUAUCUGCUCCGGACAGAAUGCGGGGCGAGUAUAUGGGAAAGAAGUGCGUCCUUUUCUACGUGGUACAAUUGUUGUGUAGGCAAAGUCAAGCGAGACCGCAGCUCCGGAAGGAGCCUGUGGUCCUAUUCUGGACACUGUCAGGUUCCGCCACGUUGUUUUCAGCCCAUCAAAGACGGCGUAGCUCCCCUGUUAACCAAUCAGAGUGGACAAGAUGACAGUCUGGUAGAAUUUGGCAGGGUCGAGGGGCGACUGCUGGCGAGAGCGUGACUCUGACCAAUCACUCGUGGACAAACCAACGGUUCGCUUUCCGAACCGUUGCAAGAUCGAGCCCAGGUUAGCACCCAUUUUUUUACGUAGAAAGCGCGUUUGAUAUGGGCCAAGUUUGCGCUAAGACGCGAUGUCGAUGCGCUUGUUGCGCUUGUUCAGAUACCAGUGUUGCCUCCAGUUUAAGCCUGACGUCCGUCCGCCUAACACUUUUCUUUUAUUGCGUUAGCAUUACGGGUGUCAAAGUGGGGACAAAUGUAUGUGGUUGAAGUGUGGGAAGCCCGUCAUGUGGUAGAGGUUUAUAUAUAUACUGCAACUGAUGUUAGUCUGCUCCGGACCACUGUCAGUUGCAUUUCGCGCCUCCAAGAGGUAGGACGUGUGUCGAGUAAGCUCCUGAACAACACUUUGUAAUGUGGUGAACGCGGUUUCAUUCAUGGAUCCGGGACCUCAAAAAGGUGCGACGCAAUGCUAACGCAUUUCUCUCGCAUUUACCGCUAAAUGACCACUGAAUUAUUUUUUUUUUGCGACUUACGACGGUAGGUACACAAUCUCACGCUGGGACUAACUUGCGUAUUCGGUGAAUUGGUUACUCGGUGUGAACCGAAUGAGCCGUCGUGUUAUUCACGAAGUGGCCCUGACUAACAAACCAUGGCUGCCGAACUUAUUGAGGUUGGCGAAGUGGCGUAUUUUCUAUAAAAAAGGGUCAUAUUUACAGGUCUCUACGGCUAUUUACCUGAAUGGCAGCAGUGCGAGGGCAAGACCAACGUUGCUGAAGGCCAUGAUGCAGAUAUGUGACCCCAUUUAUUGUAGCGUAAACGACGCCUUAUUCUCUUGGGUGCGCCGUUUUCAAGCGCUCACUGGUUGUACGUGAGCGAUAGGGUUAGUACUUGUAUAUUACAUACGACAGAUCAAGGCGAUCAUUAAAUGUGAUUGGUGGAAAACUACACUGUCAAUACACCAGUAUUUACGCGGCGUAUCAUGUUUUGGAGGGAAUUCGCGCAGCGACGCAGGAACGUCGCCUGUAUAGGAAACAAUAAAUAAAAAUAAAGCUAGAAUAACGUGUAGCACAUGGCUUAUAUAUUCAAGAACGCCUUGUAUUUGUACGAUACUUAAAAUUGAACCAACAUUUAGAUGUGAUUCCAAUAGAUGUAUGCCUCCAAAUUGUCUGUUUCGAUGGCGACUUGUGGACAGUGCUAUGGAGAUUUGGACUAACUGUCUCAAGCGAUAAUCACUGGCUCAGCUAAUCGUGCAUCAUCCUAUUGGGCCAGAUAAAUGGCGAAGGCUUUAUGCGGUGUCAAAUUUACGUAGAAUGUUCAGCCACAUCAGACAGGUAAUCGUCGUAAGCAGCUCCUGCAUGGGAGAUCCUCUUUCGCUUACAACGUGCAAUUCACAAGGACGCGCCUUGAAGCCAUUAUUUUUCCAAUAGAAUGGUGUAAGAUUUGGCUCUUUGGUGAAACAUUGCUUGUAGUUUUCAUUAACUGUGGAAGAACAGCACAGGGGACAAAUAGAAAAAAGGGCGCUGAACUUCCAACAAUAUUUUUUUUCAAAAAGCAUCGCUAUAUAUAUAGUAUAUAUAGUCACACAGAAGUACACCAGUCAUACGCGGAACACAUUUUUACAAUAGGCUACAUUUUUAAUAGCAGUUCUUUCGCCCGAUCAACGGUAUGACACAUCAAUCUAUAAAGUGACCAGUAUUUUCCUGCGCUCAUAUGCGAAACAUAUCGACAUGCAAGCUUGGAGAAGUAUGCAUAAUUGACCCUUCAAACUUUCGCAGUUCUGAAGUAUCUCAGCAUAGCCGUUCUCUGGUGGGUUGUGCUUGUACUCACGUAAUGAAACAGGGUCAUUUCAGAGCACCUGUGGCAUUGCGACGGAAUCUGCACUUCGUUGCAUUCAACACUAGCAACAUUUUUUUUUUUUUUUUU